ACACAGCCUGUUUGCUGGACCCUCAAACGAACCAGGAACGCUGCAGACAGCGCUGCAUGUCGAGCAGACCCUCACCGGCGUUUACAUUUCGCGGAUUAAAUUGACUCUUGCUGUUUCGCUUUCACGACAGCUCCCGAUCAGAAUCGGCAUGGAUUUUCUCAGCCACAGCUACUUAAAUGCGCGCAGCCCUUAUGACUACACUUUUAAUUUCUGGAAUGACUAUCUUGGACUGACGACUUUGGUUACUAAGAGUAAUAAACUGAGUUUGCCUCCAAAUCCCAACUCCAUCACCGAGUCGCUGAAAGCCACCCUGGGUUUGGAUGACUCUCCGCCCUGCUCGUGCGUAAUCGGUGGCGGUGGAGAGACCGGGCACUUGGACCGCUGCUGCCCGUCCGGAAGCCCCCCGCCGACCUCCAUCCUGGAUUUAAAAGAGCGCUUUUCCAUCCUGAGUCCCUUCCAAAACCAGCUUAGCGUCCAGCUGCCGGAGCGGGACGUGAGUUUCAGAGGGAGCCUCUCGAGCUUCGACUUGCUGAGUAUGGAGAGGAAAGUGCGCAAACCUGCCUCCAGGAGCAAGCAGGAGCCCAAGAUCUGCGUGUUCUGCCGAAAUAACGGAGCACCGGAGGAAGUAUUUGGCUCCCACGUUCUGAAGACGCCCGACGGCAGAGUUGUGUGCCCGAUCCUGAGGGCUUACACCUGCCCCCUCUGCAGUGCCAGCGGAGACAAUGCCCACACCAUCAAAUACUGCCCACUGUCAAAGGAGCAGCCGACGCAGCGACCCUUGAAAGGGGGGAGGGCUGUGGGGGGUAAGAGGAUGAAAAUAUUUUAAACGAAAGCCAAAGUUUUGUUUCCUAUGAAAGAAGCUCAAGAAUGUGUUAUUAAUGAACACUUGUGUGCGUCUGACUGAAGGAGGAACUCUUUGAUCCCGUCUGCGUAAAAGCUAUUUUCCAGCAUGCUUGAACAGUUGAUAUUUGAUCUGUGAGGCAGCAGGAAAAAGACAAUGCAGCCGCUGUUCAGAGAUCAUACUCACAGGGGAAUGUUUUAAUCAUGUUGAUGAGAACAUAACUCAUCCCCCACACACAUAAAUGAGACACAUUGUAUUUUGUUUACAUUCCCAAAUUUGUAUGACACUGGAUUAUUUUUAUUUUUAUUUUUUAUAGAUUUCAGAAUCUUUUCUGGAAGGUCAUUUUGACCUUUGGUUGCUCUGAUGAUGUGUUUAGAUGGAAAAUGUCACAAUGCAAACAAUAACCAUGUGGCCCCAUUACAUGUUAUCUCAAGAGUCCCAGAAUGAUGCCAAAAGGGUCAUGAAUGUAUGUUUACUAUUGUCAGUCUGCUCAUUUCUGACUGUUCUGUUACCAAAGGAGUACAACUACAUCUUAGACAGACAGAAGAUUUGCUGUCAAAUACCAGUAUGUAUUUUCAGUAUAUUAACAACACAAGUGACUUCAGAGGGUGUAAUCUCAGCAGGAUUUUAUACUUACAUGUAAAAUUAAGUACAGUUUAAUCUUUUAGUGCUGCCAUUUAUAAGAGUUUUGAUAGUAUUUUUGAUCUUUGUAAAACAAAUAUAUUUUAAUGUUGCAUUUAACAUAAUGGAAGCAGGUUUUCAAUAAGCUGUAGGGAUUGCUCGCCAAAAUGUAGAAAGUUUAGCUGGCAACUGUUUCAUUUCAUGUGUGGCUGUUGGAAAAGGCUGCCAGCAUUUGCCACUUUUGACAGAGCUUUUUAAUUAAAUGAAUAAGAGUAAAAGAAACACUGAAGCAAUGUGAUAUUUAUAUUUUACUGUAUAUGCUGCUGUGCAGAAUAACCCAAGCUCACUAGAGGAAUAAACAUUGUAUGUUAUAA